GGGCUGGGAGUGGGGCCCGAGGGGGCGGUUCGGAGCGGGGGCCGUUGACUCCAGACAAACGAACAUGGAGUCCAUCUUUCACGAGAAACAAGAAGGCUCGCUGUGCGCGCAGCACUGCCUGAACAACCUGCUGCAGGGGGAGUACUUCAGCCCCGUGGAGCUGUCCUCCAUCGCACACCAGCUGGACGAGGAGGAGCGGAUGAGGAUGGCGGAGGGGGGUGUAACCAGCGAAGACUACCGGACGUUUCUGCAGCAGCCUUCUGGAAAUAUGGAUGACAGUGGCUUUUUCUCUAUUCAGGUGAUAAGCAAUGCCUUGAAAGUUUGGGGCUUAGAACUCAUCCUCUUCAACAGUCCAGAGUAUCAGAGGCUCAGGAUCAAUCCUAUAAAUGAAAGAUCAUUUAUAUGCAAUUAUAAAGAGCACUGGUUUACAGUUAGAAAAUUAGGAAAACAGUGGUUUAACUUGAAUUCUCUCUUGACGGGUCCAGAAUUAAUAUCAGAUACAUACCUUGCACUUUUCUUGGCGCAAUUACAGCAGGAAGGCUACUCCAUAUUUGUUGUUAAGGGCGACCUACCCGACUGUGAGGCCGACCAGCUCCUGCAGAUGGUCAGGGUCCAGCAGAUGCAGAGGCCAAAGCUCAUUGGAGAGGAGCUGGCACAGCUGAAAGAGCAGAGAGUCCAUAAGACAGACCUGGAACGUGUCUUUGGAGCAAAUGAAGGCUCGGGCAUGGCAGACCAAGAUGAGGAGGACUUGCGGAGGGCUUUGGCACUGAGUCGCCAAGAAAUGGACAUGGAAGACGAGGAAGCGGAUCUCCGCAGGGCCAUUCAGCUGAGUAUGCAAGGUAGUUCCAGGAAUAUAUCUCCAGAUGUUCCACAGACGUCAGGUACAAAUCUUACUUCAGAAGAGCUGCGGAAGAGAAGAGAAGCCUACUUUGAAAAGCAACAACAGCAGGUGGGUCCCCCAGGACCGAGUUCCCACCUGUGGGACAGGCCAACCACAUGCCCAGGAGCCCUGGAGAGCAGCCCAGCAGGGGAUUCGCGGAGCGAAGAGGACAUGCUGCAGGCGGCCAUGACCAUGUCGCUAGAGACUGUUGGGAAUGACUUGAAAACAGAAGGAAAAAAUAACUCCUGUUAAGAGCCACUCAGAUGCUCCCGCUUUCCAACGUCGUCCUUGUGAUGACUGCAUAGGGUCCACUUGGCACGUGUCAAAGACAUGGGGAAAUAAGAAUUUUAGGUGGUUUGCAAACAAAAUUAUGAGAAGGUGGGAAAAUGCGUCAGUUGCAGGAUUAAGCACGAUCCUCCAGAUACUACCCAAAGAGGCAUCGGCAAUUAAAGGACUUCAAAUAGUU